UCUAGAGCCAAAUAAGGAAAUUUACGCAACUAAACCGUAUCAAAUCAAAAUUGUUUCUAAGUUAAAUUUUAAGCUUCACAAGAAUCGAAUAACAAAACCAAGCCUAACAAACAAAAAAUCGAAUUUCCCAUCUCUAUCAAUGCCUUUUAAGAUAAAAAAUAGAAAAAAACUGGUGUGAGGUGCCGUGAGUUAUUCGAGAAGUGGUCUCUAGAUGUUACGUGUCGGGGCCGGACUUACGUUCGAUACACAAACAAAGUCAUAGCUAAAAUAAAUUAAAUAAGAGAAAUAUAAGCAACAAUAAACAUCUUUCGAGGGGAGAUAGAGAGAGCGGCGGAGAGGUAAGAGAAGCAAGGGUUUUGCGUGUGUGUGUGUGUAAAUGGAGUCGAGUGAGGACGUGGAGGUUCUGAGCAGAGCCAUCGAGAAACUUCUUGAUGAGAAGAGGAAGAGAGAAGCUGCUGGUGACUCCUUCAUCGAAGACGAGGACGACCAGCUUCUCCUCACUAGGCUUAUAUCCCAGUUGGAAUCACCGAACUCAAUCCAAAAGACAGUUGUGACUGCCAAAGAUGAAGAAGGAGAAUCAUCGCCAGUUUCUUCACCAUCCAAAGGAAAACAAGAGGACAAGAGACGUUUGGAAGAGAGCAUAGAAGAGAUAGCUAAAGACAUCAAGGAGGUGAAGAGGCAGAACAAAGUAACCCACAUACUGCUCUCGGCUUUGAUCAUCCUGACACUGACUUGGCAGCUCUCUGAGUACUCAAUGAUUUACAUGAUGAAAGAGAGAUUAACCCACCCAAUCAGAUCCAUCGGAGGUAUGCUUUCUGGGGUGUUCAAAGGUAAGUUACUUCCAAUCAAGAACAGACUUCAAGGGACUUCAAACGACAAGGAGGAAAACAACCUUCACAAUGGGAAUGGAACAAACAAUGGAGUUCAUAUCCAAGUGCCCGAUCUGUUGCGAGAAUUCGGUUUCGACGAUGAUGACCAAUGAUAUCUUUCUUCUGUGACAUGUUUAUGUUAUACAAUUACAAUCUGGAAACAGGGUCACAUACUCAUCAUCUCUUUACUUUCAAUUUUAGGCAAAAUGUAAAAAUAUAGUUGUUUCAGCAGAACUUUUCAAUAUGAAAAAGAGUUCCAAGAGAAAACCAUAUUUCAAAUAGACAUUUUCAUUGUAAUAA